GGGCGGGCGGGGUCUCACGGAAGGGCGGAAGAUGGCGGCGGGAGCGGGGGCGCCGGACGGGGGCCCCGAGGGGCCAAACCGCGGCGGCGGCGGCGCCUUCGCCUGCAACCUCUGCCUGGAGCCUGCGCGGGACGCCGUGAUUGGCCGCUGCGGGCACCUGUACUGCUGGCCCUGCCUGCACCAGUGGCUCCUGACGCGGCCGCGCUGCGUCGUCUGUGGGGCCGGGAUGAGCCGGGACGACGUCGUGCCCCUCUACGGGAGGGACAGCGCCCACAGGGACCCCCGGCUGGAGACCCCCCCCCGACCGCGGGGGCAGCGCCCGGAGCCCGAGAGCCAGGGGGUGCCCCCCCCGGCCCCGGGUUCCACGUGGCCUUCGGCUUCGGAGCGUUUCCCUUCGGCUUCUUCAGCGCCACCCCCCAGCCCCCCCCCCGCCGGCACAGGGGAUGCUGGGGACCCCCCCCCGGGCUCGCUGGACUCCGUCUUCCUCUUCAUCGCUGCCGCCUUCUUCCUCUGGCUGCUCAGCGUCUGACCCCGGGGGGGGCUGAGUGGGGUGGGGGGGCUCCGGGACCCCCCCCCCCCCAAACCCCCCCUCGAGCCCUGGGCCCCCCCAAACUGCGAUUAAAGCU